AUGGUUGGCUACGAAGUUGUGAAAGAGGAAGUAAUAACUAGUAACACUGGUAUAUUGGGAUUAUUUUCUAUCCUGGCAAAAGUUGCCGACCCUUUUUUGUUGUCUCCAUUUGUAUUCGUAGAUCACAUGAGUAAUACGACGGGUACAAGACCCACAUCUGGUGGAACCGGAAUUCGCAAUUUUUUCAACAAGUUGCGUAAAUCAUCUGACUUACAAAUACCUCCAGCUCAGGUUGGUAUCUGUUUUAGUGGCCAGAUUUUUCUUUUCACUGCUUGA